AUGACCGAAUUGCAUUCUCAAGACAACGCCUCUGUUGUUACCGAUUCUCCUAGGGUUUCACGAAACCAAAACCUUGAGGACACUUCAACCGAAGAGUUUAGGUUUAGGGUUUCCUCCGACGGCAACACACCUUCUACCGUCGAUCGAUUCGCGGCGGAAAAUGACAGCGACAAAUUUCCAGGUUCCGAUAGCGGAUCUCUGUUAUCGGAAUUCGACGAGUACGUGGCAGCUGAGCGACACGUGUCGCGGGAUCUAGGGUUUGGGUUUGAGGUCGGUGACAUGGUGUGGGGGAAGGUGAAGUCUCACCCGUGGUGGCCUGGGCACGUAUACAACGAAGCGUUUGCGUCCCCUUCGGUGCGUCGCUUGAAGCGGGAGGGUCAUGUGUUGGUGGCGUUCUUCGGCGAUAGCAGCUACGGCUGGUUCGAACCGGCCGAGCUUAUUCCGUUCGACGCGAAUUUCGCGGAGAAAUCGCAGCAGACAAAUUCUAGGACGUUUUUAAGGGCCGUGGAGGAGGCGGUUGAUGAAGCCUGCAGGAGGCGUGGGCUUGGUUUAGCUUGUAAGUGUAGGAACACUGAUAAUUUUAGACCAAUAAAUGUUGAAGGGUAUUUUUGUGUUGAUGUGGAAGAUUAUGAGCCUGCUGGGUUGUAUUCUGAAGGCCAGAUUAGGAAGGCGAGGGAUAGUUUUAAACCGAAUGAGACACUUGCUUUCGUGAAGCAAUUGGCGAUUGCUCCACAUGAUGGUGGCCGCGGCAGCAUUGAAUUCACUAACAAUAAGGCUACCCUUUCGGCUUAUCGGAAGGCGGUGUUUGAGCAGUUUGAUGAGACUUAUGCUCAGGCUUUUGGGGUGCAGCCGGUGCUCGCCACUCAUCCUCUGACUAAUAAACUCGAUGAGCCUGGGACUGUGAGGCACACUCCUAGAGCUCCUUUGAGUGGUCCUCUGGUGAUUGCUGAAGCUUUGGGUGGUGGGAAGAGUACAUCUGUUAAAGUUAAGGACGCUUUGAAGAAGGAUAGAUACCUUCUUAAGCGGAGAGAUGAUCCAAAUAGUUCUGUCCAAUUAGCAUACAAUGACAACAAAUCUAAUGCAGCAAAUAGUUAUGUGUUCCAAAAGAGGGCUCCAGGUAUUCCUGUGACACCUCAUAAUUUAGAAAAACAAACAGACACAGGAUUUAUCAGUCAUGAUGUUGCAGCUUCAACUUCAGAUGCCAAAGGUUUAAUUGGUCAGAUUCAAGCAGAUGACUGUGGUCUUACAUCUCUUACCACUUCCACAGAUGCAAAGCCUCUUCUUGACAAGGGAAAGGAAUCUUCUGAAGAAGUGACACAUAGCUUCGAACAUGAUAAUGCUUCAAGUAAAAGCAUGGUUAGGUCUGAUUUGUCUGGGGAAUCGGUAGUACCAAGCACAGUUGAUGACAUGUCUCAACCAUCACAUCUGGAGAAAAAAUUUGAUGUUAAACAAAAUGGGAACGCAAAAUUGUCAGGACCAUGUCAAGAUUUUAACCAAUCAGGGCAGAGACUAAUGGCUACUGCAGAUGGAGUAAAUGACAUGCAUCAAGUUAAAAGUGAAAAUAAUGUUUAUGGUUCACCAGUUGAAGCAAAGCAUCACAAAAUUAGUGUGGUGAAGAAGAUUAAAGGUCAUAAGAGACCUGCAGAUGAGUUGAAUUCUGACACUUAUGCUGUUGGGGAGGGAAACAAGAAAAAGAAAAAGGACUUAAAUUUACAACCUAACUUCGGCUUUCCAGAGAGACAUUCUACAUUUGGGAGAUCGGUUUCUGUAAAAUCAACAGGAAAAUCUGUGACAAGUGGUUUGGCUGCUAGAGAGGAUUUCCCUGCAGAACAAGUGGACGUUGAUGUUAAUGCCUGUAAUUUGAUACCACCCAUGGAUACCAUAGGAAAUGCUAAUUUGCCAUUGCCGCAACUUUUGGGUGAUUUGCAGGCCCUUGCUUUGAACCCUUUUCAUGGCAUUGAAAGAAAGAUCCCUGCAGCUGUACAGAUAUUCUUUCUGCGAUUCAGGUCUCUUGUUUACCGAAAAAGCUUGUUUGUAUCUCCAGCAACUGAGAAUGAAGCUCCUGAAGUUCGCCUCACCAAAUCUCCUACUAGUCUCCGGACAUCUGACAAUCCUGAUGCGUAUGUCAAAGCUUCACCGAUUGUAAAACCUCUGAAACAUGUUAUUCGUCCUGGUGAUCCUACAAAAGCUGGGCGAAAAAGGGCCCCCUCUGAUCGACAAGAGGAAAUUGCUGCUAAGAGGUUGAAGAAAAUCAAAGAUAUAAAGGCACUAGCUUCAGAAAAGGCAAUGACUAGUCAGAAACCUUCUGAUACUCGGCGAGAAGAUGGAAAAGAAUCCUUGUCCCAGGCUCCAUCAAAGUUAGUGAAACUAGACUCGACCAAGAAAGUGGAGAGUCUGGCUAAGGCUGUUGAGCCUACCGUUUUGAUGAUCAAAUUUCCUCCUGAAACAUCACUUCCAUCUAUUGCAGAGCUGAAGGCAAGGUUUGCUCGCUUUGGCCCAAUGGAUCAAUCAGGUUUUCGUGUGUUUUGGAAUUCAUCAACCUGUCGGGUUGUUUUCUUGCACAAAGUUGAUGCACAGGCUGCAUAUAAAUAUUCUGUUGGAAAUCAAUCGUUAUUUGGCAGUGUGGGUGUGAGGUGUUUCCUUAGGGAAUUUGGGGAUUCUGCUCCUGAAGUCUCUGAAGCUGCCAAGGGUAAAGCAGAUGACGGGGGUAGUGAAAUACCUCGGGUCAAGGAUCCUGCAGUGGUUCAUCGCCAGGCAUCAGCAUCAUCUUUACUACCUCUUCUUCAGCCCAUCCAACUCAAGUCCUGCCUGAAGAAAUCUACAGGUGAUGAGUCGGGUCUGAUUACGGGCAAUGGAAGUAGUAGUAAAGGAAACUCUCGUGUAAAAUUCAUGUUAGGUGGGGAAGAUAGUAGUAGGGGAGACCAAUUAAUGGUGGGUAGUAGAAACAAGUUCAAUGCUAGUUUUGCUGAUGCUGGCUCACCUCCUGUUGCAAUGGAUUUUAAUAGUAAGAGCGUUCAAAAGAUUACUUUACAACCCCCGAUGCCUGUUCUUCCCCUUUCUACUCAGUUUUCAAAAACCCCACAACAAAAUUUACGUAAUCCUGAAUUGGCAAUGGCACCCCGAAACAGUCCGAAUUUUAUUAACGUCACAACAUCAGCUACAAGCACAGUUGAUAUAUCACAGCAGAUGAUGCACCUUUUGACGAGGUGUAGCGAUGUUGUGACUAACCUCACUGGCUUAUUAGGCUAUGUCCCUUACCAUCCGCUUUGA